AUGGUGCAACGAAGACUCCAGCUUAGGAUAGAAACACAAGGAAAAUACCUGCAAUCGAUUCUUGAGAAAGCUUGCAAGGCCUUUGACAAGCAAGCUGCUACUUUUGCUAGGCUUGAGGCAGUUAGGGAAGAGCUAUCAGAGCUAGCCAUCAAAGUCUCCAAUAGCACAACCGUCCCUUUCUUCCAUGCAACAAUGCCAUCUUUGUCCGAGCUUGCAGUAGCAAUAGACCACAAAACCAACAUUACUAUAGAAUAG